GGCUUGGCUCUAGGCGCUGCCCGGGGUCUUCUCGGAGCUGUCCUGCCCGCCUCCCCUGAGCCGCGUCCGGCCCGGCGGGAGCCGACGCCUUCGCCAUCAUGCCGGCCGUGUCCAAGGGCGAUGGCAUGCGAGGGCUUGCGGUGUUCAUCUCGGACAUCCGGAAUUGUAAGAGCAAGGAGGCUGAGAUCAAGAGGAUUAACAAGGAACUGGCCAAUAUCCGCUCCAAGUUCAAAGGGGACAAGGCCUUAGAUGGCUAUAGUAAAAAAAAGUACGUAUGUAAGCUGCUCUUCAUUUUCCUGCUUGGCCAUGACAUUGACUUUGGACACAUGGAGGCUGUUAACCUGCUGAGCUCCAACAAGUACACAGAGAAGCAGAUUGGAUACCUCUUUAUCUCAGUCCUGGUGAACUCGAACUCAGAGCUUAUCCGGCUCAUUAACAAUGCCAUCAAGAAUGACCUGGCCAGCCGCAACCCUACCUUCAUGUGCCUGGCCCUACACUGCAUUGCCAAUGUGGGCAGCCGAGAGAUGGGCGAGGCCUUUGCUGCUGACAUUCCCCGCAUCCUGGUGGCUGGAGACAGCAUGGACAGUGUAAAACAGAGUGCGGCCCUGUGUCUGCUACGGCUCUAUAAGGCCUCACCUGACCUGGUGCCCAUGGGCGAGUGGACAGCGCGUGUAGUGCAUCUGCUUAAUGACCAGCACAUGGGCGUGGUCACAGCUGCAGUCAGCCUCAUCACUUGUCUCUGUAAGAAGAACCCAGAUGACUUCAAGACCUGCAUCUCCUUGGCGGUGUCUCGCCUCAGUCGGAUUGUCUCCUCGGCCUCCACAGACCUCCAGGACUACACGUAUUACUUCGUGCCCGCACCCUGGCUCUCUGUGAAGCUCCUGCGCCUUCUACAGUGCUAUCCCCCGCCAGAGGAUGCAGCCGUGAAGGGGCGGCUGGUGGAGUGUCUGGAGACUGUGCUCAACAAGGCCCAGGAGCCACCCAAGUCCAAGAAGGUGCAGCACUCCAAUGCCAAGAAUGCUGUCCUUUUUGAGACCAUCAGCCUUGUUAUCCACUAUGACAGUGAGCCCAACCUCCUGGUGCGGGCCUGCAACCAGCUUGGCCAGUUCCUGCAGCACAGGGAGACCAACCUGCGCUACCUGGCAUUGGAGAGCAUGUGCACACUGGCCAGUUCCGAGUUCUCUCAUGAGGCUGUCAAGACCCACAUCGACACUGUCAUCAAUGCCCUCAAGACCGAGCGGGAUGUCAGUGUGAGGCAGCGGGCAGCUGACCUCCUCUAUGCCAUGUGCGACCGGAGCAAUGCUAAGCAGAUCGUGUCAGAGAUGUUACGGUACCUGGAGACAGCUGACUAUGCUAUCCGGGAAGAGAUUGUGCUGAAGGUGGCCAUCCUUGCUGAGAAGUAUGCGGUGGACUAUAGCUGGUACGUGGACACCAUCCUCAACCUCAUUCGCAUUGCGGGAGACUACGUGAGUGAGGAGGUGUGGUACCGUGUGCUGCAGAUUGUCACCAACCGUGACGACGUCCAGGGUUAUGCUGCCAAGACCGUCUUUGAGGCCCUCCAGGCCCCUGCCUGUCAUGAGAACAUGGUGAAAGUUGGAGGCUACAUCCUCGGAGAGUUUGGAAACCUGAUUGCUGGGGACCCCCGUUCCAGCCCCCCGGUGCAGUUCUCCCUGCUGCACUCCAAGUUCCACCUGUGCAGCGUGGCCACACGUGCCCUGCUGCUGUCCACCUAUAUCAAGUUCAUCAACCUCUUCCCUGAGACCAAGGCCACCAUCCAGGGCGUGCUGCGGGCCGGCUCCCAGCUGCGCAAUGCUGACGUGGAGCUGCAGCAGCGGGCCGUGGAGUACCUCACCCUCAGCUCGGUGGCCAGCACUGACGUCCUGGCCACUGUGCUGGAGGAAAUGCCCCCAUUUCCUGAGCGCGAGUCUUCCAUCUUGGCUAAGCUGAAGCGCAAAAAGGGCCCGGGGGCCGCCAGCGCCCUGGAUGAAGGCCGGAGGGACCCCAGCAGCAAUGACAUCAAUGGGGGCAUGGAUCCCACCCCCAGCACUGUGUCCACGCCCUCGCCCUCUGCUGACCUCCUGGGGCUGCGGGCAGCCCCGCCCCCUGCCACGCCUGCAGCUCCUGCGGCCAACCUGUUGGUGGACGUGUUUUCGGAUGGCCCCGUGCAGCCUAGCGCAGGGCCCACUCCUGAAGAGACUUUCCUCAGCGAGCUGGAGCCCCCUGCCCCCGAGAGCCCCAUGGCUUUACUGGCUGACCCAGCGCCAGCUGCCGACCCAGGCCCUGAGAACAUUGGCCCUCCCAUUCCCGAAGCCGAUGAACUGCUGAAUAAGUUUGUUUGCAAGAACAGUGGGGUCUUGUUUGAGAACCAGCUGCUGCAGAUUGGAGUGAAGUCCGAGUUCCGGCAGAACCUGGGUCGCAUGUACCUCUUCUAUGGCAACAAGACCUCCGUGCAGUUCCAGAACUUCUCACCCACUGUGGUUCACCCAGGAGACCUCCAGACUCAGCUGGCUGUGCAGACCAAGCGCGUGGCCGCGCAGGUGGAUGGCGGCGCGCAGGUGCAGCAGGUGCUGAACAUCGAGUGCCUGCGAGAUUUCCUGACGCCGCCGCUGCUGUCAGUGCGCUUCCGGUACGGAGGCACCCCCCAGUCCCUCACCCUGAAGCUCCCGGUGACCCUCAACAAGUUCUUCCAGCCCACGGAGAUGGCGGCCCAGGACUUCUUCCAGCGCUGGAAGCAGCUGAGCCUCCCUCUGCAGGAGGCACAGAAAAUUUUCAAAGCCAAUCACCCUAUGGAUGCUGAGGUUACCAAGGCCAAGCUCCUGGGUUUUGGCUCUGCCCUCCUGGACAAUGUGGACCCCAACCCUGAGAACUUCGUGGGUGCUGGAAUCAUUCAGACGAAAGCCUUGCAGGUGGGCUGUCUGCUCCGGCUGGAGCCCAAUGCCCAGGCCCAGAUGUACCGCCUGACCCUGCGCACCAGCAAGGAGCCUGUCUCCCGUCACUUGUGUGAACUGCUGGCCCAGCAGUUCUGAGCCCUAGACCUGCCCGGAUGUGACCGGUACCCAGCAAAGCAACCCUGGGACUGAGGCAGCUGUGGUAGACUGAGCAGCAAGGGGACCUCAAGUGGUGACAGCGAAGACCCCAGGAGUGGGGGCAUGCCUGGAACCUUCCUCCGGCCUUUUGUAUUUUUAUUUUUGUUCAUCUGCUGCUGUUUACAUUCUUGGGGGCCAGGGGGAGCCCCCUCCCUCCCUUCCCCCUGAAGCACAGAGGGGAGAGGGAUCAGGGAAGCGGGUGCCUCCUCCCCUCCCACCCCACCCGUCGUAGCUCCUCCCACCCCUCCCCGU